ACAACUCUAGUUUGAAAAUUUUUGUCUCUAUUUAAUUGCCAUAAGUAUAACAAAUUAUUGUCAGGCUUCCCAUUUUAUAUAUCGAUAUAUUAUCAACAUCGCAAGCAUAUUUGCACAUCACUCUUCACCACAGACCAUUCUUGGAGUGAGCCAUCGGUUCGGAUAAAUUUAUAUUUAUUUAUUAACUUCGUAAAUUUUAUAUAUUAACGCUAACACGUUGCUGGAAGUUGGCUCUCUUACCAGCACGCGAUGGCUUUAUAAAACCAAAAGCAAUACAGAAUAUGGCUACAGGCUAAUUUCAAUCACUUUCACUCGCUCCAGCUGAAAGAGAAAAAACAAUCAGCAAAAGUGUCUGUGUAUACAAAAAAAAAAAUUGAAACGGAAAACGCAACCAAGCUCCAAUGUGUAUUCGCCUAUUGUUUGCGACAAUCAACUGACUGUGAUUUACGAAACAACGAAGGAACAAAAAAACGAACGAACUGCCACUCUCUCAACAUAAUAGAACAAGUAACCUAAACGAGCCUGGAGCUGGCGACGACAGAGGUGGUGGCGAUAACAGAAACAUCCAUUCGUCGCGAAGACAUACAAACAUACACAGCCUCGCAGAUUCACGUAGAGCCGUGCCCUCUGUACGGCAAUAUGGGCAACGAGGACAAUCGCCGAAGGAGGUCUCCUUGUAGCUGCUGCUUGUCCGUGUUCAAGUGGAUACCCGUUAUCUUCAUUUUCGGCGUGAUCGCAUGGUCCUACUAUGCCUAUGUGGUGGAGCUAUGUGUUCUGAAAACGGAGAAUCGUGCUGCGAUGAUAUUUAUGCUGAUUUUCUAUCAUAUCGCUCUUGUAUUGUUCCUGUGGUCCUAUUGGCAAACAAUAAACACGCCAGUGGGCCGCGUUCCGGCUCAGUGGCGCAUUCCGGAUGAAGAAGUGAAUCAGCUAUUCCGGGCCGACAACCAAGAGACUCAAAAGCGUAUUUUAAACAAUUUUGCGCGCAGUUUGCCGGUUACAAAUCGUACAAUCAAUGGCUCUGUUAGAUUCUGUGAGAAAUGCAAGAUCAUCAAGCCGGAUCGAUCGCAUCAUUGCAGCGUGUGCAGUUGCUGUGUGCUUAAAAUGGAUCAUCAUUGUCCAUGGGUGAACAAUUGCGUUAACUUUUCCAAUUAUAAGUUUUUCGUAUUAUUUUUGGGCUACGCGCUGGUCUACUGCCUCUACGUGGCUUUUACCACAAUUCACGAUUUCAUACAGUUCGUUCAGAAUGAAAAUGGUCUUGCUGUCUCGGAACAGGGCCAGCCAACCGGCAGCGGCAUGGGACGCUUUCACAUACUCUUUCUGUUCUUCAUAUCGAUAAUGUUUGCCAUUAGCUUGGUGAGCUUAUUUGGAUAUCACAUAUAUCUGGUUCUCGUCAAUCGCACCACACUGGAGGCUUUUCGUGCGCCCAUCUUUAACAUUGGUGGACCGGAUAAAAAUGGCUAUAAUCUGGGUCGAUAUGCCAACUUUUGCGAGGUUUUCGGUGACAGAUGGCAGCUAUGGUUUAUACCCGUAUUUACCAGUAAGGGCGAUGGAUUGUACUUCACAACGUCUAGUGAUCAAUUUGGCAGUGGGACUGGCCAACGGUAUGAUGCGAUGGGCAACACGACUUCAGCAGCAGCAGCAGCCAGCAGCAGGUUAGAUGUCAACCACACAGAUAAGUUGAUUGACGCUAUACCACUUAAUAAUCAUCAACCUCAUCUGGAGCCAGACAACGUUCAAUCAUCUAGCAACAGCCAUCCACUAAUACCGUCUAGUCCAGUAAUUGUCAACAUAGAUCAAAAAGCAGAUGCAGUCCCAGCAACGAAGACAGCGACAAAUAACCAUGUUAUAAUGAUCGGCGAUCAGGUAGUUCCCAAGGAUCCUCUUCAGCUGAAUGGCAUUCCAUCUGCGAUAGCUGACGAUCGAAUUGUCUAAAAUGCAAAUCAGUUCAAGUAGCAUGUGUUUCCAUUUGAUUUGAAUCAAUGCGAUGCUGGCUACCAGAGUAUAUGCGUGUGUGAUUGUGUAUGGGAGUGUCUGUAUGUGUGUGUGUAUUGAAUAUAAACUCGUAAGUCUUAUGAAUGGUUAUAGAUGAGAUAUAAUGUUUACCGUAAAAUGUAAAACAACUCUUAUUACCUGUAGCACCAUUUGCCCAGUUGCCUUACAUUCAUAAACAUCGAAC